AAUGUGAAAGAAAAUGCGAUGUAUGGCGCAUUCGCAAAAUUGUCAUCGAGCGUCGCAGAACACAAUAUAAAACAGUUGUCAAGACCCCGUAGAAUUGGUCGGUGGACGUCUACGUAGUGCCGCAAAUAGAAAGUGAAAAAAAAAUUAUGAAAUAAUUUUUUUGUGCGAACAAUUCUCAAAAUAUUCAUAGAAAGGGAAUAAGAAAUCAAAUAUAAAUAGCCAUGGCUAAGGAAACUACCAAAAUGCUUUAUCCUGACUUUAAAAUGGAACUUGAAGCAGGCGAACCCGUCGAACCGCGCGCCGAUUGCGGUUCAUUCUUUUCCAAUCAUUGGAAGGGAUUGGUUGUCUUUUUAAUGCCCAUUCUCUGUCUGCCCAUUAUCUUAUUCAACAGUGGGACGGAAUACCGGUGCAUGUACAUUCUGCUAAUUAUGGCCGUAUUUUGGGUCACCGAAGCUUUGCCUCUUUAUGUGACCUCCAUGAUACCCAUUGUUGCCUUUCCCACAAUGGGGAUAAUGGGCUCUGAGGAGACUUGCAUGACGUACUUUAAGGAUACGCUGGUGAUGUUCAUGGGCGGCAUUAUGGUUGCUCUGGCCGUAGAAUACAGUGGUCUACACAAACGUCUUGCCUUGAGAGUAAUCCAAAUGGUGGGCUGCAGUCCCAGAAGAUUACAUUUUGGCCUGAUUAUGGUGACCAUGUUGAUCUCUAUGUGGAUUUCGAAUGCUGCCUGCACAGCCAUGAUGUGUCCCAUUAUCCAAGCUGUGCUCGAGGAGCUGCAAUCGCAAGGCGUCUGCAAGAUCUAUCAUGAGCCGGAAUAUCAAAUGGUUGGCGGCAAGAACAAGAAGAAGAAUGAGGAUGAACUUCCCUACCCCACAAAGGUCACACAGUGCUAUUAUUUAGGCAUUGCCUAUGCCUCAUCUUUGGGCGGUUGUGGCACCAUCAUUGGCACUGCCACAAAUCUAACAUUUAAGGGUCUCUACGAUACGGCUUUCCCCAAUGCCACAGAGAAAAUGGACUUCCCAACAUUCAUGUUCUAUUCGGUGCCCUCGAUGUUGGUUUAUACACUGCUCACAUAUGUGUUCCUGCAAUGGCAUUUCAUGGGUCUGUGGCGACCAAAGAGCAAGGAAGCCCAAGAGGUGCAAGUUGGCAAAGAUAAUGCCCAUGUGGCCAAGAAGGUUAUUGAUCAACGCUACAAGGAGCUAGGACCCAUGAGCAUGCACGAGAUUCAAGUGAUGAUCUUGUUUAUCGUCAUGGUGAUCAUGUACUUUACACGCAAACCUGGAAUCUUUACGGGUUGGGCGGAAAUUUUGCCAGCCGUUGUUAUUAAGAACUCCAUGCCAACGAUAUUCGUGGUGAUCAUGUGCUUCAUGCUGCCCGCCAAUUAUGCAUUCCUGCGUUAUUGCACACGUAAAGGACCCGUGCCAAAGGCAGCGACACCUUCCCUAAUCACCUGGAAAUUCAUUCAGUCCCGUGUGCCAUGGGGACUGAUCUUCCUGCUGGGCGGUGGCUUUGCUUUGGCUGCGGGCAGCAAAAAGAGUGGCAUGGCCACCUUGAUUGGCAGCUCGAUGAGUGGUCUUUCAGUGCUUCCCAAUUCAGCGUUGCUUCUGGUUGUCAUUCUGGUGGCAGUAUUCCUGACUGCCUUUAGCUCAAAUGUGGCUGUGGCCAAUAUUCUAAUUCCUGUGCUCAGUGAAAUGGCCUUGGCAUUGAAAAUACAUCCAUUGUAUUUGGUAUUCCCAGCUGGUUUGGCCUGCAGCAUGGCCUUCCAUCUGCCGGUGAGCACGCCGCCAAACGCCCUUGUCGCUGGAUAUGCUCACAUUCGCAGCAAGGAUAUGGCUAUAGCCGGCAUUGGUCCAACGAUUAUUACCAUAAUUGUGCUAUUCAUAUUCUGUCAAACCUGGGCAAUGGUCAUUUAUCCCAAUCUUGAUACGUUCCCCGAAUGGGCGCAAAUUGCCGCCGAAGAAGCAGCAAAUAAGACACGUCUAUUGACGGAAAUUGCGUUCAAUAAGACGCAUAUGCUUGAGAUGGCCGCAAAUGCAACGCGUCUGUUGACCAACAACACCGAAUUCUUAACAGAUUUGACAACCAGCAGCUCGAAUGUGUUGGGCAAUCUGGUUGCCAAUAACACACAGCCGUUGGCCGAGUUAGCCGUCAAUGGGACUCGCAUAUUGACCAAUUUGGCCUUGAAUCAAACAGUGUAAUGAAUUAGUUAGUUGUCUAGUCUAAAAGUGAACACACAAUACCCAUGAAAACGCGGCGUGAGGGAAAUUGUACAAAGAAAAACAUGAACUAAAAAGUGCCUUUGCUGAAAAAUGUUUUUUUAGGUCUACUACACGGGGCGAUAGUUAAUUAUAAAGUUGAUCCAUCAAAAACAACAACAACAGUUAUUAUUUUUAACGAAUUUAGAAAGUUCAACAGUGAAUGAUACUUUAACCCCACGAACAAUGACUGCAUUUCUGUGACACUAAACGAGUGAAUACUGUAAACGGAUUACAUUUGAAUAGCAACUUGUGUAUAGAUUAUGUCAAAGUUAACACUAAUUAGGAGGAAAGGGGGCGUCCGUUUAGCAUCCUAAUGCAUUUACUAACAGCCUUUAAAUUUACAUACAUACGUACAUAUAAACCAUUUUUAAAACUCUGCUUAAAUACAUACUUUUAAUCUUACUUAACUGUUGCAUUUAGCAUAAUUAUCAAAAGUUAUAUAGUGAAUGUUAUUAACACAGGCAUUGAAAUGUAUUUUCUAUACUUUUUUCUUACAUCUACUAGACUGACAGAAUGUGUUUGUUUUUGAAUUCUUUAUAUUUUUUAUUUUCCAUUUUGUUAAAUGCUAACGGAAACUAGUAAAAAUCAAAUGAAAAAAUUACUCAAUAUUUGAAUGCAUACCGAAAUGAGCACACAAAUAGCAUUAGUUUUAAGUUUAAAUGAUAAUGUGUAAAUUUGCAAACAAUUAAUGUUUUAUAUAGUUGUAAACAUCAAAUAAAACAAAAAGCUCAAAGUAUA